GUGUUGCACGGCAAGAUGGCACUGCUCUUGGAUACCAGACUUCUACUAAGAAAAGUGAAAGAUUUAAGGUGUUUAACGCCAAGACGAAACCGAGUGAAAGAAAAAUGGGCUGCCACACGUAUCAAGCACCCUCCCACCGGUCUAGCCCUGCAGCACUUUGAUGCCACCUACAGCAUCCAGCUGGGGCAGCUGUGGCCAUCGGUUCGAGCCGCCUUGCUGUCAGAGAAGAAAUACGGAGCCCUGUUCAAUAAUUUCUCCCAUGAUGCUGUUUUGGCAGACUUCGAAGCUCAGGGGUGCAGAGACUUCAUCAGUGACACAGAUGCAGAGGCUCAACCAUCUGAGGUUGCAGCCGAGAAGGAAUCCAGCUGUGUGUCUAUGAAGACAUCUGACACUGAUGGUCAGCAGCUCUCUCGUCUGCAGCUUAGUCCUCACAUCAAGUGCUUGGUGUUUCCGAGAGGUGACGUUACAAGAUUCAAGCCUGCUAGACCAGACGCGAGCGGCUUGUUGGGUUACUACCUGAUGGAUGCAGCGUCUGUACUGCCUUGUCUCGCUCUGGGUGUUCAAGGAGGUCAUACUGUGCUCGACUUAUGUGCCGCUCCAGGAGGCAAAACCCUGGCUUUACUUCAGACGCAGUCUACAGAUUUUCUGUGUGUGAAUGACGCCUCGGUGUCUCGGACAUUGCGACUGAGAAAGGUCCUAAGCAGCUACGUCCCUAAGCAGUUUUUAACAGACCAGAAACUACGCAUCACCUCCUUCGAUGGCACCAAGUGGGGAGAAAUCGAGAAGAACACUUUUGACAGAGUCCUUGUUGACGUCCCCUGCACCACAGACAGACAUUCACUCAUGGAGGAUGACAACAAUAUAUUCAGUAAGAGCAGGACCAGUGAGAGACGAAGGCUGCCGCAGCUUCAGCUGGACCUGCUGCUGGCGGGAAUCGAAGCAGCUUGUCCAGGUGGAGAGAUCGUUUACUCCACCUGCACACUUUCUCAUAUCCAGAACCUGAGUGUGGUGGAACAGGCCAUCAACUCGGCUCGAGAGAACCACGGCAUCCACCUUCAGGUUGUUGACCUGCGACCUCUCACACACAUGUUUAGGAAAACCUUUCACUUCGCUCCAGACCUCCACUUGGGUGAAAUGGUCAUCCCGCACUUAGCCGCUAACUUUGGUCCCAUCUACAUGUGCAAGCUAAGGAGGCUAACAUAGACUGUGGACUGGUGGAUGACUUUGCCUGAAAGCUUGUGGACAUUUGAACACACUCUGGACUGGACAUGCUUGACGGACUCAUGAGGCGAUCCUCUGGACCUUCAGCUUCAGACUGAUCUGCAUGGAUAAAAUGUUUUUAUCCUGGUGGUGUCACAGAUGGUUAAAAGUGACUGAUUUCAAUGUCAGAAAACUUAAGGAAUGCAGUUGGACCUGGAACAUGACAAUAUAACUGUGGACAACAAUGAACUAGAGUUUUCUUUUUUAUGGAAACGUUGGAUGAAGCAAAUUUCCUGGUUUCCAAUCAGAGCAAACUCCAAAACUCUGAUUCGACAACAUUUUUUGCACACAGUAGAGUGUGCAUACAACUGAACCAGCUUUGCAAUGUGCCAUUAUGUUCAUCGUAGUUUUAGUUUUGCCCUGUAGGUGGCAACAGUAGCUAAAGAUUAGAAAUAUCCUUUAUACUUGGUCGCCACUAGAGGACUCCAAGGAUAUGUCAGUAAGUAGCUGCAGUUGGUGUGUCCUCAGAUGCAUAGAGAUGAAUAUUUCAGGUUGGGGAAUCAUAUUAAUGAAACACAAAUUUCCAUCAGAAUGACCUCUCUCUUUAACAUCCCAGUGAAAAUGGGUUUGGCUUGUUCUAUAGUUAUUCAUCAGGUUUGAUAGCUUUGCCUAAUAACGCGGUAUGUGGGUAUGUGGAAGGAACAUAAUGAACAGGCAGGUAAUGACUUAUUUGACCAUUUGGCUUCUCACAUCUGAAUCUGUGCAACUUUCAUUAUUAUAGCUGGGAUUGACUCCGUUUUGCAUUGACAUCACUCAGAGGUGAGAUGUUUCCUCUUAUCACAGGCUAAUGUGAGCGGAGAGGUGCCUCUUUCUCCAUCACACCGCAGAUGACCCUUUAUGUUGUCCUGGCCAGGCAAUGUAGCGUGAAAAAGGUGUGUGCGCUUGUGUGCACUUGUGUGUGUGUUUGCGCGCGCGUGUGUGUGUGUGUGUCUAACGAGUCCACCAUCCACAUCCCCCUGUCAUUAAGCUGCUCCAAGUGCAGGAGCUGACUCCCAUCCCUGUGCAGGGAUGGACGGCAGCCAUGCGGCUCCCAGAUGAACAUUAAAGAGGCAGCAGAGAGCUAAAAUGGGACGUCUCGCCCUGUUUUGCCCCUCCGCUUUUUUAUUCCACAGAUGAGUGCAGAUAAUUUUCUGUGCGAUUGUGAGUGAUUACUGUAUUACUGCGGUAAAAGGGGGAUGUAUCUGGGAAUGCAGAGGGAAUUAAUGACACAUAAAAACUAUUUUUGUAUUGACUGCUUUCGUCUCCAGGGCCUUGAAUGCCUCUUCGCACAUCUUGUGAUUACCUAAACGUAUUGUAAAUAUGUGUUUCCUAUGGGCUCUUACAUAAAUUUACAUGUUUUAACACUCAGGAGACGGCAGACUGUUAGAGAUGAGUUACUCUCUACUCUGCCUGUCUAUAGACUCCGCUGGCUGUCUGCUAUAUUAUUGAAUUAGCCAAUGAACCGCUGUGUAUUUGUGUCCCUGUGUGUAAGCCUGUGUUAGGAAGACGAAUGCUGUGUAUUAGAAAGAUGAAUCUUAUGGAUUUAUCUACACAACCGUACGUCUGUUGUGUUUUCACAUGCAAUUUAAA